AUGAACGCAAUAGCUGCCGUGACCUUCAGCUUGGACAUCGAUGCUUUCGAUGAUCCGAAUAACAAGUUCGUCGAGAGCUUCACCGGCUGCUUCAACGGCAGCUUGGGAUUCAAUCUGAUGAUGGCAUUCCCAAAUAUUCUGAAAUACCUGCCUUUCGUCGAGUAUCCGCCGAAGAAAAUCGACAACUACUUCGUUCAAUUCUCGAGAUCGCUGCUCGAAAAGCGUCGGAAGCAGAUCAGGAAUCCGGAAGAGUUGGACUUCCUCGAUUCCUGGCUGGAGAGUCAGAAAGCGAACCCAAAACUCACAGACGACUUACUCAUCUCCCAAAUGAUUAUUUUCUUGAUAACUGGCUUCGAGACUUCAGCCUAUGCACUGACAUUCGCCAUGUACCUCUUCGCCACACACCCACAAAUGCAGGAGAAGGCUUACCGGGAUGUCAUUGAGAACAUCUCGGAUCCCGACAACGUGACAUUCGAAGACUAUCACAAGAUGAAAUAUCUCGAGGCUGCGAUCUGGGAAACCUUGAGGCUGUAUCCAAUGGACUUCGUCACCGACCGAGUGACUA